AUGUUAUUCAACAUAGUUUCUGGAGAGUUAGAGAAAUUAUAUGAAAAAGAGAACCCAACUUAUGAUGAGAUCAUACGAUUUAUUAGAGAUCAAAUGAACAUUAUUAGCCCUUUAUUAACUUAUAUAGAUGAUGAUGGGAAAUCUUAUUAUGUUAAUUGUACAAAUGACAUUAAUGAGAUAAAAAAGAAAUUGUCUAUAAUUAAGAAAGUUAAUUUGUAUAUAACAUUAUAAUCUUGGACUUGUGGAUUUUGUACAUAUGAAGAGAAUACAGAGGAGAAAUGUGAAGUUUGUGGAUAAAUGAAAAAAUGA